CAUGUGAUUCGUCACUUUUGACGUGUUGGACACCGACUUCGAUGUCAUUUUGGGGAUGCCUUGGCUCUCUAGCGCGGACCACACGGCGCUCACAAUUCGUGAUGCAACUGGCGCCGAGGUCCCGUGUACUAUUCCUCCUCCUCGCUCUUCCAUUCGGUGCCAAGUCGUGAGUGCCAAAUCUUUUCGAGACACAUGCUGUUCCGAGCGUGUCGAAGAGAUUGACAUCACUUUUCUUCGAACCGUCCCGACGACCGAUUCAUCAUCCACGGAUGUAUCUUCCGACCCUCGUGUGACCCGGUUGUUGGACGAGUUCUCGGAUGUUUUUGAGACACCCUCCGGUAUAGUGCCGUACCGGCCAAUCUCUCACGAGAUCAUACUUGAGGCCGGUGCCGUGCCACCGAAGGGAUGCAUUUAUCGCAUGUCCGAGGAGGAGCUCACGGUUCUCCGUGCGCAACUCGACGAUCUACUUGACAAGGGUUGGAUCCGCCCUAGCAGCUCACCUUACGGUGCGCCCGUUCUCUUCGUUCGGAAGAAGAACAAGGACCUUCAACUUUGCAUUGACUACCGACGCCUCAACGCGCAAACCAUUAAGAACGCGGGGCCUAUACCUCGCAUUGACGAUUUGCUUGAGCGGUUGGGCGGCGCCAAGUACUUUUCCAAGUUGGAGCUCAAGUCGGGCUACCAUCAGAUUUCCAUCCGCCCGCAAGAUCGGUACAAAAUCGCGUUUAAGACGCGAUAUGGGCAUUUUGAGUGGGUAGUUAUGCCUUUUGGCCUCACCAAUGCCCCGGCCACCUUUCAGGCGGCCAUGAUCACCGAGUUUCGCGCUAUGUUGGACCGCUUCGUCUUGGUCUACUUAGACGACAUCCUCGUCUAUAGCCGAACUCUAGAGGAGCAUCUCGAGCACCUACGCCGUGUUCUAGAGACUCUUCGGUCAUCCCGGUACAAAGCUAACUGCGACAAAUGCGAGUUUGUCCAGCAAGAGCUUGAAUACUUGGGUCAUUUUGUCUCUCCGGAAGACAUUCGUCCGUUGGCGGACAAGAUUCAAGCCAUCCAGGAGUGGCUCGAGCUAAAGAAUGUGACGGACGUCCGAUCCUUCCUCGGCUUGGCCGGUUAUUAUCAGCGUUUCAUCAAGAGUUACUCGAAGAUCGUGGCCAACCUAAGCAAGUUACAAAGCGAGGAGCGGCCUUUUGACUUCGAUGACGAUGAGCGCCAUUCUUUUGAAGCACUCAAAGCGGCACUCUUAUCCGCCGAGGUGUUACAUAUUUACGACCCGCUUCUAGCUACGCGCAUCACUACCGAUGCGUCGGGCUAUGGCAUUGGGGCCGUCCUUGAGCAGCACGAUGGCACGGACUGGCACCCGGUCGAGUACUUUAGCAAGAAAGUACCUCCCGUGCAUUCGAUCGACGAUGCACGGAAGAAGGAGCUUCUUGCCUUCCUCCACGCCCUCAAGCGUUGGUGACAUUUCCUCCUUGGUCGGAAAGCAUUCCGAUGGGUAACGGAUAACAAUCCGUUGGUAUUCUACAAG